GUCAAUAAAAAUUUUUAAAUGUCACUUUUUAGGUAAAACCAUUAAAACUUUUAUGACUAAAAUUUUUGCAAAUGAUUUAAAAUCUCACAGUGAUGGAGAGAUUGGUGAUGCGACGAUGUUGCUGUAAAAGCGGAUGUAGUGUUCCUAAAUGUGCCGUCCUUAUCAUACUGAUUAGCAUGGCAUUAUCUGGACUAGUCUGUGCAGGAUCAAUAUAUGAUUUAAAAAAGCAAAAAAAAGGGGCUGGUUUAAGGAAUGCGAUUUUACAAAUAGUGAUGAAAUACGACGAGAACGACCUUUUCGCAGAAUAUAGAGUAAUGACUUUAUCUAUACAACUAAGUAUAGUGGUAAUAGCGAAUAGUGCAAUAGGGUUUCUAUUUGGUGUAUUUGCUUUAUAUGGAAUAAUGAUGCGGAAAAAAUAUUAUGUACUUCCUUGGUUAGUUUUUAAUGGUGCAUCAUUAGUGGGAUUAACAUUCGUUUUUAUCGUCUUCUCUGUAGUAUUUCCAUUGGGUUUGGUACUAUUGAUUAUAUGCCUUAUGGAUACAUCUAUAUCGUUGGACACAGUUUCUUCUUUCGGCUUGCAGCAGCUGAAGCUAGGGCUAAGGAGAGUGACUCAUUUCAUUCAUCCAUGCUUUAGUUAUUUAGAUAAAGGGAAUGGAAAAAAAUCAAUGUCAUUUUUUGUUAAAAAUCUCACAACUAUGGAGAAUUUGGUGAUGCGUAAAUGUUGCUGCAAAACCGGCUUCGGUGUCCACAAAUGUGCGGUAUUGAUCGUUUUAAUUAGCAUGGCAAUUUCCGGAUUAAUGUUAGCGGGGGCCAUUUACGAUCUACGGACACAGAAAGACGGCAAAAAUAUAAGAAAUUGGAUGUUACAAGUAGUUAUGAAAUACGAUGAAAAUGAUUUAUUUACAGAUUAUAGAGUAAGGACGUUGUCUGCACAAGUAGUCAUUAUUACAAUAACGAAUAGUGCAAUUGCGUUCGUAUUUGGAAUAGCUGCUUUAUACGGAAUACUAACGCGUAAAAAAUAUUUCAUCCUUCCUUGGUUAAUUUUUAAUGGUAUAUCAUUAAUAGGAAUAAUAUUUAUUUUUGUCAUCUUCUCUAUACUAUUCCCAUUGGGCUUAAUACUACUGACCUUUGCAGUCCCUUACGCAUAUAUUUAUAUUGUUGGACACAGCCUUUUCUUUAGACUCUCGGCAGCUGAAGAUAGAGCAAGAGAAAGUGAUUCAUUUCUUAAUACAUAAACUAAUUAAUGAAAUAAAUAAUGAGCAUCAAACCG